CUUUAACUUAGUUGGUGGAGUUUUACAAAUGACCAGUAGAGGGCAGCUAAAAGGCUUUGCUGCGUAUAGGCUGCCGUAAAUUCUAUUGAAAGAACAAGAACAAGUAGCCAAUCCGAAUCCUCCAUUUUCAAUCACGUGAUUUUAAAACCCGGAACAACAACAACAGCUUGGACUUUUGAUCCCAGACUCUCAGGGAACUUUUAAAAACAUUCCCAGAGCUCCAGUUUUAGUUUAUGAUAUGUUUUCUAUGAAGCAGUAAUGAAGUCGGCUCUGCUUCAUGUCUCGGUGCCUUUCGUGCUCUGUGUCGCCUUGGCGAACACCCGUCUGUUUGACGAAGUGAAGGUGGACCUGUCCUUUGACCACUAUGCAGAGAAGGUGGUUGAUUAUCUUCCCGGCUUCCUGGCGAUGCCCUGCAACUGUCUAAUUAACCUGGGUUAUAUCUGCACGGGACUGUACUGGCUGUUUUGGCGCGGAGGCGUCCAGGAAACGCACGAGAGCAGGUACAUGAGACAGGUGUUCGCCUUCAUGGCUGUCUUCUACGGUCCCGUGCAGUGGACGCGCCUGUCGAUGCUAAGUCGCGCGCCCGCCGUGCUCGACCAGUGGUUGACCUUACCGAUCUUCGCCUGGGUUCCGGUGUGGAUCAGCUUCGCAGAGCUCGGGCCGGCGAAGUGGCGCGCGACGCACGCGGCAGCGCUCGAGCUGCUCUCCAUCCUCAGCUACGGGCUGGCGCUGGUGCACGAGCGCGGCUUCGAGGCGGCGCUGGGCUGUCACGUCGCCCUGGCGAUGUACAAGGGAGUUCGCGUGCAGCUGGCGCACGGGGAUGGUCGCACGCGGCGAUAUCUGCUGCUGGCGGUGCUGUCAUGUUCGGGGUUCGUGGUGCUGAAGCUGCUGGAUCACUGGCUCGCUCGGUACCGGCCCUUCCAGCGGUUCACCGGACACUUCUGGUCCAAAGUGUGUGACGUGCUGCAGUUUCACUUCAGCUUCUGUUUCCUGACCGCACUGACACACAGAGCUCAGGAGAAGACUGCAGCACAGCAGGACUGAGACAGCAGAGAAGAAGAGCCAUGAUGAACUUGUAGAAGAGGAAGAGUCCAGAGACAAUUCGCUUAAAUCUCAGAGUGCUUUUGUACUAUCAGGCCUGAAAGAUGUUGUAUAAGUUUUGUGAGAAACCCAGAAAAGCAAACCACCAAUACCUUAUAUUUCUACAUUAUUUUGUUACAGAUAUGUUUAAACUUUAAACCUUAAAACCUCCGGUCUGAAAUACCAUCCUCUAACCCAGGAGUGCAGAGACGGAAGAUGGCCGUUCCCUGUGCUAAAUCAACAUGGCGGCUGCUGUCGGUUCUGGGCCUGGAGGGAGGAGGCUGAACGAGCAUCCUGCUGAUGAUGGAGCAAGACUGAGGAAGAAAGCUGGAGGCCAGGGUCAGAUGGGCAGUGACUUGGCCGCCACUGCCGACCCACCAACUGGAGGGUGUUGUGGUUAAGGGUCGAAACACUCAAGGAAGGUUGGGUCCCACCUGACGACAUCUGAUCCUGGUCGAAAGCUGCGUGUAACGGGUGUAUUUUGCAACUAUUUUUGCAACUUAAAACUUUAAAUUUCUUAACACGGCUGCAGUGAAGUUGUGGUGAGGUGUAGGCACAAUAAACAGUUGGUUAUGGUUAGGAAAACAUCAUGUUUUGGCUGAAAACACCACAUCUGGUGGCACAAAAGCAACUGGAAACGCUGUGAUGUGUUAAGGGUCGCCAAAAAACAGCUGGUGUCGUUGUGUGUUGGACUCAAGCAGUGGCCUGCAGCUUGGCAGCCAUCUGUACUGUAGGUGACAUGCCAUCCACCAUUCCCUCCACCUCCCAAUAACAAAGUCAGCUCAUGUAUUAUGUAACUUUAGAAAGUAUGAUACACAAAAACCUGCAAAUGUUUUGUGGUUUGCAGAAACAUACAAUGCCAACAUUUUCCUCUGGCGACUGGGCUUUAGUGGGAUAUUACACCACCAAUACUUAAUGUCCUGCAUUCUGGUCAAGUUUUAUGCACAGAUUUGUACCUUUGCUGCAUCAAUGUUUAAUGUAAAUGUCUUUGAUUUUGUCAAAGUUAAAGUCCUCUGAUGCUUCCAUGUUUUUUCAAGAGGACAAAUGCAUGUUCUUAAUAUCAAGGGGGGCGUGUCCCCUGCAUCCCCCCCGAAAUUUACACCCAUGCAAGCCACAGGGGCAUUUAUACCUUUAACAGUAAACUGUGAUUUAAAAUGUUUGAUACUUAAAUGAUUCUUAAAUGAUCUUGUAAUCAUAAAUGUAACUUGUUGCUUAGAAAAAGUAUGGACCAACGUCAUCUCCUGCCUCUGAUGCAUAAACUGACUGACUGAUGCAUAAAAAGCGACAUUUGCGAAUGUGGCUGAUGUCACGUACUAAAUGCUGACAUGUUUCUGUGAAUCUCACAUGACAGAGCACAGAGGUGGAGCGUGUUCAUGUGUUUCUCAGGUGUAGACACUCAUUUCACAUGUGAAGUUUCCCAAAUAAGUUUUUCAGACAUUUCACACGUGAUAAAUUUACAUUAAAUUAAUGUGUCUUUCAGAUAUUGCACAAAUAAAAUGCCAAAAAUCACAUUAAUGUACAGUGCUGUUUCAUAUGUGAUCAAGUGAUGAAUGGGCACACAUGUUUUUUUGGUCAUUUCACAUGUGAAAACAUUAAUGUGGUGGUUUGUUUUUUGCAAGUGUAAAGUUGAGAAAUUUUAAGCCAGCAAAAAUAGAUAGUAGAUAAAGGAUUUAAUAUUUUUCUUGGCAGUGUGGUGAGGGGUUUGAAACUGCUUUUUGAGCUUCAGUAUGGGCAAUAGAAUUUAACGCUUGACUGAAAGGAUAAAGUAUAUAUAUAUUUAGAAAAUAAAAACGAAAAUAUACAUUGUAAGUUAAAGUUUCUGAUACACCAAUUUGAUCCUAAUGCCAUUGGAAUUUGGAUUUAGGCAUUUCAAUGUUUUCCUCAAAAUUCGCUGUAUUAAGAAUGUAUAGCAAGAUACAUCCUUGUCUCAAAAACUCAUAGAGUGAAAAGAUGCUGAAAUAGAAAACCUCUUGUCUUUAUAAUCUGAAUCC